AUGAUAGUGAAAAUUACCGGUUCUCCAUAUAGAGACAAAAUCACUAUAGCAAUUCUUCAGCUGCAGGAGGAGGGGAAGCUCCACAUGAUGAAAGAGAAAUGGUGGAGAGGCAACGGCUGCCCAGAGGAGGAAAGUAAAGAGGCCAGUGCUUUGGGAGUUCAAAAUAUUGGAGGAAUCUUCAUAGUGCUGGCAGCAGGAUUAGUGCUUUCUGUCUUUGUGGCAGUGGGGGAGUUUUUAUACAAAUCUAAAAAAAAUGCACAGUUGGAAAAGAGGUCCUUCUGUAGUGCCAUGGUAGAGGAGCUAAGGAUGUCUCUGAAGUGUCAGCGUCGAUUAAAACACAAACCACAGGCCCCCGUUAUUGUGAAAACAGAAGAAGUCAUCAACAUGCAUACAUUUAACGACAGAAGGUUGCCGGGUAAAGAAACCAUGGCAUAGAGCUGGGAAGCCAAAUACCCCAAGCACAAACUGUCGUCUUUUUUCCAACCAACCUUGCGAGAAUGUUUCCUGUGGAAAUAUGCAACCUGUGCAAAAUAAAAUGAGUUACCUCAUGCCGCUGUGUCUAUGAACUAGAGACUCUGUGAUCUCAGCAGUUGCAAUGGCCAGACUCGAAUCACAAGCAUCAUGGAUCAACCAAGUUAUGCAAGGUUACACUGUUCGUCAUGGGUUUCCACCAUUCUGAGUGAAUGAAUGUUCUAUGUGAGUUUUGUGGCUGGUUUCAAAUGCAGUCUCAGUGAGAAAUUACAGGUUCCUUUUGAAGUUCAACUGUUGCCAGGAGAUAGAGAAUGGAUGUCCAAGAUUAUAUUAACCACAGAAGGAGUCUAGCAAAAGUAUUAUCUCAGUACACUAGUGGAACAAGAAACCAUAUGUUCUUCUGAACUUCCAAGCAUAGAAGAGUUGGUAACUGCUGGUAGACUGAAACUACCAUCUGAAGAGGCAAUAUGAGUUUCCUGGAUGGGAGAAAUGCUGAAGUGAAGAAAUAUGAAUCCAGUGAACAGAAGGAUAAAUAUGAGGAUGUUCAUCUGCUUUUUGGACUGUCUGUGUCACUGAACUAAGUAAAUAA